UGUUUUUUGAAUAUUUCCUUGAAAAAGUAUUUUUUUGCAAUGACCCCAGUAAAAUUCUGGUGUUAAGGUUGAAAUUGUAAAAAGUACGUUGAUAUUAAAUCCUUUCAAUUUAAACCGCACCCACUUGCAUUGCUCAAUGUAGUGAAAGUGAUUCGAUUUGUUGCGUUUAAGUGCGGAAAUUCGCUUGUAUCGAGCAUAUUGUUGAAAAUAAUAGAGUUUUUCGCCACGUGACACAACCAUAAUGAAUAUUUACGCAAUAUUUUUCAUAAUUUCUUCGGUAUUUCUCUCUGCGAUUGGUUACGAUCCAACAGACGCCAAAGUCAGUUCAGUUCUGCCUUCUAAAGGGACUUUCGAGGCUUUUUAUCCGAGGGGCCAGCAGACUGGGUCUUCUAGAGCCGCCCAUUCGCACGGCAGUUUCUACAAACACCGUAAUCCGGCCCUGGUGGACGCCAAAAAUUCCGCCGCUUACGGGUUCAGAUUUGACGGGGGUAGGAGAUUCAAUUACAAAUGAUUGAAUGACUACUGCUUUUUUUAAGGUUCUGUAAAUA